GGGUUUAAAGUGUUUACGAUAAAGGGCAGCGGUGAGGCUGUGAGAUGGGAGAAUCAAUCUAUUGGUCAGAAAGUGGUUGUUCAGUACCUUGGAUUUCUGAGUGGGCAAGGCUGGACCCUGAGCCCUGGGACCUCUGAAGUGAACACUGCAGGGCCAUUUGGUGAGUGCUCUGGCCGUGUUAACACGAUGUGCUAUGGAGCCCUUGGGAGGGCACCUCACUGGGCUUGCAAUGGAGGUGGGUGGUGGCUACAGAUGGCUUCCUGGAAGAUGGCUCAGAAGGGGGCUCUGAUUCCCAAUUACGAACUGUGGACCCAUGGUUUCCCUCCUCCUGCCACUCUGAAGUCCCCAGGAUUUCUCCCAACCCCAUCCCAAGGACAGACUGCACAGCGUCAGAAGGGACACGACCUGGGGCUUGGCCCAACUGUUGUAUUUUCAGUUCUUCCAGUGUGAAUCAGUUAAUAUUCUCGGGAACGAGGGAGAGGUUGAUCCUAUGAGGAAAUCAACCACAGUGAAAAGGCUUGGGCCGCUUUUGUUUUCACCUCCUUUUGUUGAACAAAUUUGAUUUCCGGAGUCAGUCAUUUUACUGUCAAGACAUUUCUUCGGCAUUCUGCAACAGUUUCCAACGUGGCUAGAUCCAUCAGAAACUGAAGCCGUGGAGAACGCUCUCGGGGCCUUUGCCACUUCUUGGAGUAGAAGCCGACAGAGAGCUGUUUGGAAACUUCUCCUUCACACACCAGUUGAAGACUAGGCUUUGGAGGUUUUCAAAGCAGACGGUGCUUGGAUGGGCAGGGAGAAGUAACAUUCUGCAAAUCGCCGUCAGAGGUCCUGAGGACACAGACCUACCUGGCUUGCAUUCCCCUUGCUGAAUGGCGUGUGCUGCAGCUGCCCACUGAGGGCUCUUUUCCCUGGGAUUCUGGACUUGAGAGUAGGCCAGCAGGCUGGGAAGAUGCUGAGUUCCAUCAAGUGCGUGUUGGUGGGCGACUCUGCUGUGGGGAAAACCUCUCUGUUGGUGCGCUUCACCUCCGAGACCUUCCCGGAGGCCUACAAGCCCACAGUGUACGAGAACACAGGGGUGGACGUCUUCAUGGAUGGCAUCCAGAUCAGCCUGGGCCUCUGGGACACAGCCGGCAAUGACGCCUUCAGAAGCAUCCGGCCCCUGUCCUACCAGCAGGCAGACGUGGUGCUGAUGUGCUACUCUGUGGCCAACCAUAACUCAUUCCUGAACUUGAAGAACAAGUGGAUUGGUGAAAUUAGGAGCAACUUGCCCUGUACCCCUGUGCUGGUGGUGGCCACCCAGACUGACCAGCGGGAGACGGGGCCCCACAGGGCCUCCUGCGUCAAUGCCAUGGAAGGGAAGAAACUGGCCCAGGAUGUCAGAGCCAAGGGCUACCUGGAGUGCUCAGCCCUUAGCAACCGGGGAGUACAGCAGGUGUUUGAGUGCGCUGUCCGAACUGCCGUCAACCAGGCCAGGAGACGAAACAGAAGGAGGCUCUUCUCCAUCAAUGAGUGCAAGAUCUUCUAAACCCCAAGAGACUUCACACAACACUUAUGUAUGCACCCCAAAGACUAAUGGGGAGAGGGAGGGCCGGGAAGCCAGGAAAGCUUGGUGUUUUCUCUGGGUACACCCCAAGCAGCGUCUCCUUUUGGAUACAGUUAUUGAUGAGGCUUGGCCACUGGAUGUUUUCACUAACUACACUCUACAAGUGAACUCCUUGCCCAGGCCAGUUAGAAAAUCCCUUGGGGAACUGUAAUGAAUAUUCCAUCUUUGAUUAAAAAAGUGAAAUAGUCUCCAUAAUUUUGGACGAUGAAGUGAGUUUUUCAAAGAAUUCCAUAUUUAAAGACACAUUUUAUUUAACUAAUAACAAAAUGUAUUGCUCUUGUAUAUAUUUAGUUUUCACACUUGGAAAAUCUUUUCCUACAUCCUCGAAAACACAAACUCCUCUGUGAGUGAAAUGCUUGUACGAAGCUCUGCCAUAUGUUUGUAGUGUUAUUAUUUUCACCUCAAGUAGAAAGUCUGUUGAAACCACUUGGCUGCUGGAUUUAAAUGGGUAAUCAAAUUUAAAAAUGACCAUAAAUGAAUCUUUGCAAUUUGUUUUCUACUUACCUGUUAUUCACAGUUGGAUAUAAAAUACAGUUCCAUAAGAUAUCCUAA